AUGGCCGCGUACGGCGUGUACGGUAACGGCAGUUGCGGCGGUGACGUUUACGCGCACGGUGACGACACCGAUCUGUAUCACCAGGUGGUGGUGCUCUCGAAACCGGACGGCUCGUGCGUUCGGAGCCAGGCCAACGGUAGCGGCGGCGGCGGAGGCGGCGGCGGUGGUGUCGGCAGCGGCCUGUGCGUCGGCGGCGGUGGCGGUGCCGACGUCGCGGAAACAAUCAACGGACGGUACAACGGCGAUCACCCGCACCAACAGCAGCCGUAUGACUCUGCGCGUGGCGGUGGUACCGGUACCAGCGGCGGCGGCGUCGGUGGCCAGCGACAUCACCGCCGGUCGUUCUGGUGCCGGACCACGACGUUGGCCACAAUCAGCGCCCUGUUGGCCACGAUGUUUUGCGUUACGUGCGUUGUUUUCAUCUACUACAACUGUGAGUACAACACAUGUUAUCAUAAUGUUAUUAUUAGAAAUGGACCGGUACCGGGUCUCGGUUCUUCGGUUCCAUCGGUUCUUCGAGAAUGUAUUGAUGUUCCUCAACAAAAAGUCUAA